GGUCCGGCCGAUCCGGAUGUGAGCUACAACCCGCGUUUUAUGGACUUGUGUUUCGACAAGGCCCGUGAAGCCUUGCACGUGGGUGAAGUGCCCAUCGGGUGUGUGUUUGUGCGCGAGGGACACGUGGUGCACGCCGCCCGGAAUCGCGUCAACGAGACGCGCAAUCCCACUUUGCACGCCGAGAUCGUGGCCAUUCAGGCCUUGGAACGGCAGAUUCGCCAAGGCCAAGGCCAGAGUACGGGGCGUUUAGCCGUGCAGGCCUAUUUCAAUCGGGUCGUGGUCUACGUCAAUUGUGAGCCAUGUAUUAUGUGCGCCUCGGCCUUGCAACAGGUGGGCGUCCAGGGCAUCUUCUUCGGCUGCGCUAAUCCGCGAUUUGGCGGGUGUGGCACCGUCUUGGACGUGUUUCAGGUCGAUCACACGCGACGUUGGACGCCCUUCGUCCAACAAGGAUUCCGGGCCCACGACGCCAUCGAGUUAUUGAAAGAGUUUUACAAGGGCGAGAAUCCCAACGCCCCGCCCGAGAAACGUAAACCGGCUCGGAAGUGAAACGCCUGGGAUCGACGGAGGAUAGCUCAUUGGGCUCAACAUGGCCACGGUAUCCGCCCCGGGCAUUUAUCAGUCCGUGGAUCAAGCUCAAUUGGACAAAUUGGCCUCGGAAUAUGAAUCCAUGUUGGAAGCUAAUCGUCAAGCGGGUCAAAAAUGGUUAGGUCACAAGCGCGAAUACGAGGCUCUCCGUGACAAAUUGGACACGUUGAGUGAUCGAGCCACGCAUGAGGCCCUGGUCCCUCUGGGAAAGAAGGCCUUCAUGAUGGGCCAUUUGGUGCAUACCAACGAAAUUAUGGUGUUGUUGGGCGAUAAUUGGUUCGCCGAGCGAUCGGCCAAACAAGCCAAGGUCAUCUGCGAGAAGCGUCUCAAGCAAUGCGAUGAAACGCUCCAAGGGUUAACCCAGGAACUCGAUUUAGUCGAUUCUUGGCGACGAGAAACGCGUCAAAUGACCCAAGACGCUCAAGACGGACAAUUGGAGAUUCGAGAGCCCUUCGACGAAAAAGCUGAGGCGGAAUGGCGGGAAAAACAUCGCGAAUCGCAGAAAAAGGUCCGUCAACAAACAAAAUCCCGAGAGGAGACUGUUUCGGAUGAAGAGCUUUGGAAGCGUUUGGAUCAACUGGAAAUCGAGGAGGAACUGGAUGCUCACCUGGAAAAGACAGCUCAAGUGGCAAGUGCUAAUGUGCCCGAUGUACAAGUUGAAGUAUCUUCGCCGGAUUCUUCGGAUUGGAGCGAAUCACCACCUUUGACAGAUGAUGAAGAGGACGUUGAUCAGGAUUCUGAGGAGGAAACAGAACACGGAACCGAAAGUCCCAAGGAUCGAAAUGUGAUCAAACGACGGGUGUCGUUUGCCGUGAGUGAGAAGAACGACUCCAAAGAUCAUGAUGCGGAAUCAGUGAUAGACACUCUGUUGAACGAGCCAAUUUGUCUCAUCGAGAUUCAACAUUCCAGGAGCUCUGAUAAGGCUGAUACUCCGGACCCAAUGGGUCUGCCUUCGCAUGAUUUCAGUCCGAAAGAUGUGGACAAGCUGUUCAAGAAACCCUCCAUUCUCAAACCUUUUGAUCAAAGUGCUAUUCAAAUCAGAAGCUCGGAUGAACAAUCAGAGGAAGCCUGUGCAGUGGGAAAUUUAGUGAUAGAAAAAGUCCCGGACACGCCUAUUGUGCCGCCCAAUCCUCCUAGAAAACGAGUUAGUAGAUUCAAGCAAUCGAGAAUGGCUCAAAAGUGAGAUCGGAUGGAGUGCGGGGGCAAACCAAUGGUGGUCUCUAUUUCAUGUAUUCAUUAAACGGUCAAAAAGUGCA